GCGUAGUGACAGUGACGACAUAUCGCAGUGCGGUGCACGAUGAGCGGACCUGAGCAGUGACUCCAGUGACCGAUGAAGGUAUCGAAUCUGGCGGAUUUCAAAAGCGACACUGUGCGGAGGUGGGUCGAGUCGAACCCGUCACCCACCCCCAACAACAUCGACACCCCCAAGCUCAAGAACAACAACAACAACACGAUCGACUUCGGCCACACGUUCUGGAGGCAGAAGGAAGACAUGCCGAUGUUGCUCCACCAGCCGCCCUCGCACGUCCUCCUCUCCGCCCACGAGACCGACCAGCCCCUAGACUUCACCAUGUCCAAGUUCAAGACGAAGACGGCGCCCACGGUCGCGUCCCAACUCAAAUUCAACAACUUCGCGGCGCAGCAGCACAUGAUGCUGCUGCAGAACAACGGGGUGUAUUUUAAUAGAAACAAUAAUAAGAGCUUCACGCGUGGGAGUAGCCCGUCGAGUAGUUCGGAAGAGGAAGGAGUCGGACCGCCGACGGCGGAGUCCCCCAGGUCCUUGCCACCGAGUCCCGCGCCCGCCAGGAGCGACGAAAUCGCAAAUUCUCCGGUGACACCGUCGGGGGACAAACAGUACGGUAAAUUAUGGUUAAACGACCCAGAAAUGACUUGGCGACAGGAAAUGCAAGUACCUUCCGCCGAAGACUCCAAAGUUGCGCUGCAGACGAGGCUGGCGCUUUCGCCGAGUGAGCAACGCUCGAUAACGCGAAUGGAUAAGACGCCUUCGACGCCGCCCUCCAACGAUGACGGUGACGUUAACGGCGAUCUCAGCGGAGACGACCAAAGCAUCGCCAGCGAACGGCAAGGUGAGCAGAAUGACGAAAACUCCAUGGACUCGGACAGGGGUGGCGCCCUCAACUUGGUAACUAGUGAAGCUGAGCAACCUAGGUUAUCAUCACCUAACUCUCAAGUAACGAGUUCGAGUCCUGGCGUAGGGGCCGCUCUAGCCGCCCUAGGUGGUCUAGGGGGCCUCUUCGGAAACCACCUCCAGAUGCUAGGAAGUCUCCAAGCUUUCCAAAAUCCGCAAAAUCUCCAACAGUUGCAGCAGUUGGCGAUGUUACAACAGGCGAGCGGAAACCCGCAGGCGCAAUUCUUUCUACAAAAUCAGGUGCAACAAAUAGCUCAGGCAGCCCAACAACUCCAGCAGCUCCAAAAAGCGCAACAACAAAAUUCCAGUCAACACAACACGAGUAUCCCUUCCAAUACGCAAUUACCCCAAACGCAGACCACCCCACCGAACAACUCGCACAUACCGGCCAGUUUACUCACCCCCAGCACGCCCAGUUCGGGCGGUCUAACCCCUCAGCAUCUAAAAACGCCCUCCAGACUGCUAGAGCCGUCGCCCGAAGAAACGACGGACCUAGAAGAGCUCGAGCAAUUUGCCAAAACAUUCAAACAAAGAAGGAUUAAAUUAGGGUUUACUCAAGGCGACGUCGGCCUGGCGAUGGGUAAACUUUACGGGAACGACUUCUCCCAAACGACGAUAUCGAGGUUCGAAGCUUUAAACUUGAGUUUUAAGAACAUGUGCAAACUGAAACCGCUCUUGCAAAAGUGGCUGGAAGACGCCGACAGCACCCUCACCAAUCCGGGGGCUCUCAGCAAUCCCAUGACCACGCCAGAGACCAUCGGCAGGCGCCGGAAGAAGAGGACGUCCAUAGAGACCAGCGUUCGAGUGGCUCUCGAAAAAGCGUUUCUUCAGAACCCCAAGCCAACGUCCGAAGAAAUUUCCCUAUUAGCGGAUGGACUUUGCAUGGAGAAAGAGGUAGUGCGGGUGUGGUUUUGCAAUAGGCGGCAAAAGGAGAAGAGGAUAAAUCCUCCGACGGCCGCGUUGGGUUCUCCGUGCUCUGCCGGGAACCCGAACGGAGCCAUGUUUGCCAUAGCGAACUCGUUGGCGAACAGUCCCUUGUCGCUGGUGACGACCAGCGCCCAUAAUAACUUCAAUCCAAAUGUGAUGGUGAAGCAGGAAUGACCCCACGUCAAUUUCUUCGCUGAUCACUACAUGGAAUAGCUGAUCGACGUGUUGUGCAAUUGUGUAGUAUCCUCUGUUAGGACCAACAUAACUUUGUGUCGUGAAACAGACUUUGCCAAAGACGAAACAAGGAACAUUCCCACUUGAAGAUAUCCUGUUUUUAUACUGAAACUUCGUAAAGGCAUCUCUCGUCAGUAUUCUCGAUAUUCAAUUAUGUGUCAUUGGAUCUCGGUAAAAGUCAUAAUCAUGCAUGUCACACAUAUUUAAAUAUUUUGACCGUAGUGUUUACUUAUUUAUUGUAUUAACUAAUUAGUUUGAAGCACCUUUGUCGUCAUCACAUUACUAACAGUCUUCCAGUUGGAUAACGAGUUCCUAUAGGUAGGUUAGUCGAGUAAACACCACGAAAAUUAAACGUCUUUCGACUGUUCAAUAUUAAUUUAUGCCAAAAAUACUUAUAUCUAUAAUUAGAAAUAGGUAGUUAUCGUCUCCGUUUUAUACAGUUUUAUUUUUAAUGUAUAAAUUGUUUAUUGCUUUCGCUUAUAAUAUCACUGUACAUACAAGAUCAUAUAUUUUUCCACUCAUUCAGGUCUAAGGCAAAUCAAGAACCUGCUCGGCUCUUUUUCUGUUGAAAAACUGGGAUGAUUGGAGAAAACGUAUAGUAACAAUAUAACUGUUAAAGCCUGACGGUUGACACUCAUUGUUAAGCAGGGUCUCAUAAUUAUAUAUUUGAAUGGAUGUCACCCGCCGGUUGUGUACAAUUGUUGUAGAUAGAUAUAUGUUAUACGGUAAAUAUACAAGUAUUCUAGAAUUUAGCUCUUUGUUUAGUAAUUAGUGUAUAUGAAUUUUAUUAAUCUACUCUUUAUGUAUGUCAAUGUAUAUAAUCGAAUUUAGUGGUUCUUUUUUUAUGUGAGGACCAAUCUAGAAAUGUUGAAAAGUUCCUACAAUUGAAAUUAAGCGAUUGUUGAUAUUAUUGAUAUAUUGUUUGUACGCGUUAUAAUAUCAUCAACGAUAUAAUUAUUGUUUCUAACAAUUUUUAUUUUUUAUUUUCUACGAUCAUUAGACUGACAUACCCAUAUUUUGUUUUUAGACCUGACAUCGUCAAACAUUUUUAUGAAUAGGGUCCUUCCCCUUUUCAUUUUGUAUUAUAAUUUUUGCACACAUAUAUUUACUUUUUAAGUUCUAACUUUUGGAACAUGUUAUUUACCAAAUCUCAGGUGAACGCUUUACUAUACUUAACAUGUUCUAAAAUGUGUUAGUUUUCAUACAAGCAAAAAUAUUUACUUGUAUAAAAAUUAAUUAAUUUUAUCGUAUUUUUUCCUUGGUCGUACUUGUGGAAACCUAAAUGUAUAGUGGAAAGAAAAAAGAAAAAUGUCCACAGACUUAGUUUUUUAUAUACUUAUUGCACAUAUCGUACAAGAAGGUAGUUUUAAUGUACAGUCAUUUUACGCCUGUGGACAUUUUCGAACAAUCUUCGUCAUAUCAAUGUGUAAAUUUUAGCAUUUAUUCCCAGAAAUUUAAACAAAAUGUUAUGAAUUGUAAAAAUAACUUACGAUCUACAGUAUCGGAUGAUUAAAUGGCAUUCCGUUUGAAUACUUAUAACAUUCCAUAGGCUUAGAUCCAGUAGGUAUAUGUGUGUAGCAUAAAUGUCUUAUAGAAUUUGCAACCAGUAUGAAAGACAACGGAAAAUGCACGAAAUUGCGGUUGCAUUAAAUUGAAUUUAUAUUACAAUGGACAUUGUAUGUUCUGGACAUAAAUUCAAUUUUUAAAAUUUGUAAUAACCUAGUGAAACAAUAUCGAAAGUGUAUAAGACCCUAUUCUGACGUGUAAUAUACUAUGGUGGUCUAGGCAAUAACAUGUACAUUAUUUUCAUUAAAGAAAAGGAUUCGUAA